UCGGCUCGCAUUAUAAAACAUUAUAAACUAAGUUGCUUUGUCAGUUGUCGUCGGCGCUGCUGCUGUUGCUGCCAGCGAAAGUAACUCGAGUGUGGCGAGCGAAGUGGAAGCCCGUCAAGUGCCAAGUGCCCUGGUGAUGGGGACACCAACUCUUAGCCAGCCUGCUGGCAGCGCUUUAGUUUCGCUUUGAUCAUGACGGACGAAACAACGCCGCUGAACGCCAGUGGCUCCGGUUAUGUUGCACUGCCGCCCUAUCAGGGACCCAGCUAUGUGUUUCCCGGCGGCGUCUCCCCACGUGCGCGUCCUUCCAAAUUGAAACAGUUCCAGUGCUGCGUAACGGUGACAUUUAUCGUCAUUGUAAUCGCCGCCUUGGGCCUGGCCCUGUGGCUGAGUGGCAGUGGUUACGAUGGCAACAGCAGCAGCAGCAGCAGUGGCUUGGAAGUGCCCAGUUUCUUCUUUGCCACGAAUGAGUCUGUCAGCGAGAUGCUGGCGGCUAUCAAGGAACCCAUACCGGAUGAGCCGGAGUCCGAGUGGGCGCUGCGCGACGUGGUAUUGGAUGAGGGAGCGGGUGCUCGUUCGGUAAGUGCGGGCAUCAAGGCGCUGGGCGAUCGUGAGAUCCUGGAGGAGGGACUGCAGCCGAGUGCCAUCAAUACGCCACAGUUCCGGCACUAUCGCUCGCUGAGCACGAAUCCGGAGGCGCGUAAGCUGGCGCGUCGAGGCUAUGUGGAGAACCAGGCCACGCUGGACAUUGCCCAGAGCUACAACUACACCAAGCAGCCGGGUCGGAGUAACAUUGGACUCGGCCCGGUCAUAGUACUGCCGGACCCGCCGCUGCUGCGCCUCGACUGCGACUUCAAUGAGCGCUACAGACGCAGCACCGGCGUCUGCAACAACAAGGAACAUCCGCGCACCUAUGGCGCCUCCAUGGUGCCCUAUCGCCGCAUGGUCGCGCCGGACUACGGCGAUGGCAUUGCAGCUCCAAGGGCUAGCCAUGGCAAGCAGCUGCCCCCGGCACGCCUGGUCUCUCUGAAUAUCCACCGCUCCAGCUACGAGACUGAUUCGAAUUUUACAGUUAUGUUGGCGGUGUUCGGCCAAUUCUUGGAUCAUGAUAUUACGGCGACGUCGCAGACCUCGGCGCAGGAGGGCGAGUCGAUUGAUUGCUGUGCGCGCGGCAACCUCGAACAGCAUCCGGAAUGCUAUCCGGUGCACAUACUCGCCGACGAUCCCUACUACAGGCAAUACAAUCUGAGCUGCAUGAACUUUGUGCGCUCGGCGCCAGCUCCGACGGGCCGAUUCGGACCACGACAGCAGUUCAAUCAGGCCACGGCCUUCAUUGACGGCUCCGUGGUGUACGGGAAUCUGGAGCAGCGUCAGCGGAGCUUGCGCAGCUUCAUCAAUGGCACACUGCGCAUGUUCCUCACCGACGAUGGCCGCGAGCUGCUGCCCAUCUCCGCCAAUCCGGACGAUGGCUGCAAUCGCAUGCAGAUGACGCGCCAGGGCAAAUACUGCUUCGAGUCGGGCGAUGAUCGGGCCAACGAGAAUCUGCUGCUCACCUCGAUGCACCUGCUGUGGGCCAGGCACCACAACUAUCUGGCCCGCGGACUGCAUGAAGUGAAUCCAGAUUGGGACGAUGAGCGCCUGUUCCAGGAGUCCCGCAAGAUUCUGGCCGCCCAAUUUGCGCACAUCACCUACAACGAGUUUCUGCCCGUGCUGCUGGGGCGCAAUCUGAGCCGGGCCAAGGGUCUGCUGCCUGCCCGCGAGCAGCUCGAUGCGCCGGACACCUACGAUCCCCAGGUGGACCCCAGCAUAGCCAACUGCUUUGCGACUGCUGCCUUUCGCUUUGCUCACACGCUGCUGCCGGGUCUGUUCAAUGUUUCGCGGGACAAUAGCACGCCGGAGGCCAUGGAGCUGCACAAGAUGCUCUUCAAUCCGUUCUUGCUGUGGACGCCGCACGGCAUCGACCACGCCCUCCAGACCGCCUCCAAUACGCCGGUGCUGCGCGUCGAUCGUUUCUUCUCGCUGGAGAUCACCCAGAAGCUGUUCGAGGGCACAGCCGAGGACCGCGUGCCCAUUUGUGGCCUGGACUUGGUCUCGCUGAACAUACAACGCGGCCGCGACCACGGCAUACCCGCCUACCCUGUCUUUCGCAGGCACUGCCGACUGCCGCCAGUGGACACGUGGGAGCAAAUGGCGCUGGCGGUGGAAAACUCAACGUUGGCCUCCAUCAGGCAGAUAUACGACUCGCCUCAGGAUGUGGACGUCUAUACGGGCGCGCUUAGCGAACCGCCGCUAGAUGGCGCCAUCUUUGGACCGCUGCUCAGCUGCCUCGUCUCGGAUCAGUUUAUGCGCCUCAAGCUCGGCGAUUCCCAUUGGUAUGAGCGCAAGAUGGGUCCACAAAGACUGACCAAGACACAACUGGCUGAAAUAUAUAAGACCAGCUUGGCCGGCAUUAUUUGCCGCAACUCCGAUGGCAUACGACGCGUGCGCCAGCAUCUCAUGGAGCGCUAUCGAUUGGACGGCAAUGUCUAUGUGAACUGUGCGGAUCUGGAGGGCUACGACUUUGACUUUCAGCCUUGGUCGACGGCGAAUGCAGCGCCGCAGCUGCACCGAGCGAGCUUCAGUCAAGCCAUCUCCCUGGUGCGUCUGUUUGACGUUAAUGCAACUCAAGUAACUGUAGCCAACUGA